CUUGAAUGGGCAACUGACUUUGGAACCUCUGGAACAGAUUGGAUGGGCAUGGAAGGCAAGAGACAGAGAACCGAAUAGUGGAAAUAGAAGUAGAAAGAAGAACAGACCCAAGAUUUGAUAGAGCAAAAGGAUGCAUUGUUGGAGCUCUUUGUGGAGAUGCAGCUGGAGCAGUCCUUGAGUUUUACGAGGGAAAGAUUACUAAAGCUCUUUGUAGUAAAGCUAUUCGAAUGCCUGGAGGUGGAGUUUUCAAUGUUGGGCCAGGACAAGUUACUGAUGAUGGUGAACUUACAAUGUGUCUUCUUCAUGCAUUAGUCAAUGGUAAAGGAAAGUUUAAAGAAACUGAAGUGGCUAAAUACUAUGCAGAAUGGUAUAAGUCUGAGCCAUUUGAUUGUGGAAUCACAAUUGGAAAUGCUCUUUCUGUUGGAAAUUCAAAAAGACCAAACCCGAAGGAUAUCAAGGAUGAAGCAUAUCUCCGCUCUAAGGGAUCACAAAGUAAUGGCUCAAUGAUGAGAGCGACACCACUCGCUGUAUUCUGUUAUAAUAUGAAGACUGGUAGUGCUGAAGAUUUCAAUGCUAAAGAAUGGAGCCAACACAAAGCCUGUGUCUUUGAAGCAGCGGAGCUUGAUACCUCUUUCACUCAUCCGAGUCCAGCAGUCCACUAUGUUGAAGGGCUGUACAUUUACAUGAUCACUCUGAUAAUCAAUGGAGUCAAGCUAGCCGAUGUGUACCAUACAAUUAUUGACGAAAUUUAUCAGUGAGACAGCAAAGAGUACAAGGACCUGAUCCUUGAUUGGGUUGACAAGUCUAACGAGAAAGAACUUGGUAGCUUAGAACACCAGAUUGGAUGGAUGAAACAUGCUUUUGUCUGCUGUCUCAGAUACCUUAGACUUGCAAAAGAAAGUGAGGAUUCAAAAGAACCCUUCUCUCCCACAUUCUACGAAGAUUCAAUGGUGGAGAUCCUGAUGGGAGGAGGUGACACUGACACCAACGCUUGCAUUGCAGGUGGACUCAUCGGAGCUAUUGUUGGGUUCGAAGGACUUCCAGAAAUAGCGAAGACCAAAGUUCUGAGUUGGGAUAAUAACAAAAAAAAAGGUCAUGAAAGGCCUGAAUUCCUAGUCCCAAAAUUUUAUGCUGAGAAUUUGAUUGAGAGAUUGUAUGAUUCAGCUCCAACAGGUUUUGAAAUAGGCUAGAUCCUCAUUUAUUUAUCAAUUUG